AUGCUUCGAGGCCAGAUCAUAUCAUGGAGAGUCGCACUCCAUCGUGCGCCACGCUACGUGGUGCCUAGGCCAUGCCCACUACCAGUCCAGAGUUUUGCAAAUGCGCGAUCAUUACUCAGUGAUGCGAGGCUGGUGCAGCGCUCCAUCGCCGCUCCUCGAUCCUUCUCCUCGAGCUCCAUUCGACGGAAAGACAAGCCAGACGACCCCCCCGAUGAACCCGAGAACAGCGAUCGCAGCAAGGAGGGAAAGACUCCGACCAAGUCCGCUGAGGUCCGGCGGAAGUCUGGCGAUGCGGCGGACAAGCAAGGCUCCGCACAAGCAACUGCAGAGACGUCCGGUCGGCGAAAGGACAAGAGCAACAACACGGACAAGGAAAACCAAGAGGCUGUAGAAGAUACGAAAAAGAGCUCCAACGCCGAUUCGCAGCGCAAAGCUCGAGACAGCAAAUCCGAUUCGAAUUCGCCUUCCCCGAUCCCUGUUUCCGGUGGAGGUUCAGACUCGAAGCCGAGCGGCGGCAGCAGCGGAGACGAUGGAGGCAAGAAAGGCAAGAAAGGGGACAAGGCUUUGCAGAAGCCGUUUGUUCCAGAUGUCUACCCCCAGGUCAUGGCUAUUCCGAUUGCCCGGCGUCCAUUGUUCCCUGGGUUCUAUAAAGCUAUUACCGUGAGAGACCCCAACGUUGCAGCAGCUAUACAAGACAUGAUGAAACGGGGCCAACCAUAUGUCGGAGCUUUUCUUUUCAAAAACGACGAUGCCGAUGGUGAUGUCAUCGAGAAUUUAGACGAAGUCCACGAUGUUGGUGUUUUUGCUCAGAUCACCUCUGUCUACCCGAUCAAGUCGGACGAAGGUCUUACGGCCGUUUUGUAUCCGCAUCGAAGAAUCAAAAUGUCUUCUUUGUUGGCUCCAAAUGAUCCAUCGCGCACUGGCGCUGUCGAACCGCCCACGCCAAAGGCCGUCACGGAAAAGAGCGGAGAUGUUGUUGCAAGCUUCGAAGAAUCCUCCGUAGAGCAGCAACAGUGGAAAGGGUCAAACCUUUACGAACCAACUUCUUUCUUGCGCAAACAUUCAGUCAGCCUUGCCAAUGUCGAAAAUCUCACAGAAGAAGCUGUCGACAAGAAGAGCCCGAUUAUUCGAGCUGUGACUAGCGAAAUUGUCAACGUUUGCAAAGAAAUUGUGCAGCUGAACCCAUUAUUCCGCGACCAAAUCUCGGCCUUUGCAACAGACCACUUCCCCGGUAAUCUCGGCGAUGAACCGGGCAAAUUAGCCGAUUUUGCUGCUGCAGUCUCGGCCGGCGAAGCACAGGAAAUGCAAGAAGUUCUUGAAUCAAUGAAUGUGGAAGAUAGGCUUCCCAAGGCUCUCGUUGUUUUGAAGAAGGAGUUGAUCAACGCACAACUCCAGUCUAAGAUUUCCAAGGAUGUCGAAGCCAAGAUCCAAAAGCGCCAGCGCGAGUACUGGCUGAUGGAGCAGAUGAAGGGAAUCAAGAGGGAACUGGGCAUCGAAUCCGAUGGCAAGGACAAGCUUGUUGAGAAAUUCAGAGAAAAGGCGGGGAAACUGGCUAUGCCAGAAGCCGUCAAGAAGGUUUUUGAUGAAGAGUUGAAUAAACUCGCUCACCUGGAGCCUGCUGCUUCUGAAUUCAACGUUACGCGAAACUACCUCGACUGGCUUACACAAAUACCGUGGGGACAGAAGAGCGUGGAAAACUUUGGCAUCAAAAAUGCCAUGUCUGUUUUGGACGAGGACCAUUAUGGAUUAAAGGAUGUCAAAGACCGGAUUCUGGAGUUCAUUGCCGUUGGAAAGCUUCGUGGGUCGGUUGAAGGUAAAAUCCUUUGCUUGGUCGGUCCUCCUGGUGUAGGAAAAACUAGUAUUGGCAAGUCUAUUGCUCGUGCGCUCAAUAGGCAAUACUACAGAUUCUCUGUGGGAGGUCUGACAGAUGUUGCGGAGAUCAAGGGUCACCGACGUACCUAUGUUGGAGCACUUCCUGGCCGGAUUAUCCAAGCUUUGAAGAAAUGCCAGACUGAGAAUCCACUCAUCCUGAUCGAUGAAGUCGACAAGAUUGGACGGGGUCACCAGGGCGAUCCAUCUUCCGCACUCCUUGAACUGCUUGACCCUGAGCAGAACUCAUCUUUCCUUGAUCACUACAUGGAUAUACCGGUUGACCUUUCCAAGGUUUUGUUUGUCUGUACGGCAAACGUGACUGAUACGAUUCCCCGGCCGUUGCUAGAUCGUAUGGAGUUGAUUGAACUGUCAGGCUAUGUGUCUGACGAGAAAAUGGCCAUUGCCGAGAAAUACCUUGCUCCUGCAGCCAAGGAACUUAGCGGGUUGAAAGACGUUGAUGUCCAGUUGGAAAAGGAUUCUAUCGAGGAAUUGAUCAAGUCGUACUGCCGCGAGAGUGGUGUUCGAAAUCUAAAGAAGCAAAUCGAAAAGGUUUAUCGAAAAGCUGCCUUGAAGAUUGUUCAAGAUCUUGGCGAAGACGUUUUAUCAGAGGAACAAGCAUUGACCGAGGAAGGGAAGAGUGCAAAGGAGGAAGCUGAUAAAGAAAAUAUCGACCCCCAGGACGUUCUCAUCGAGCCUGAAAAGGCCAGGGCCGAGGUUCCACGGGUUGCAUUACAAGUACCGGAAAGCGUGCACGUCAGCAUCGGCAAGGAUUCUCUGAAAGACUUUGUCGGCCCACCGGUAUUCACAUCAGACCGCCUUUACGACACUUUCCCACCAGGUGUUACAAUGGGACUGGCUUGGACGAGUAUGGGAGGAGCUGCGCUUUAUGUUGAAUCAAUUCUCGAGAAUGCCCUCACAUAUCACUCCCGUCCUGGCUUUGAGACCACUGGUAAUCUGAUGAAUGUGAUGAAAGAGUCUACGCAGAUUGCGUACUCGUUUUCCAAGUCUAUCAUGGCCAAGGACUUCCCAGAGAAUCGAUUCUUUGAGAAGGCACGAGUACAUCUCCACUGCCCCGAGGGCGCGGUACAGAAAGAUGGUCCAUCUGCUGGUAUAACAAUGGCCACUUCUCUUCUUUCACUUGCAUUCAACCGACCUCUUGAUCCUACGAUCGCCAUGACGGGUGAAUUGACUGUGACUGGCAAAGUACUUCGUAUUGGAGGACUCCGCGAGAAGACUGUUGCAGCUCGCCGAGCCGGAGCCAAGAAGGUCCUCUUCCCCGCCGACAACAUGUCAGACUGGCUUGAACUACCAGAGAAUAUCAAAGAAGGCAUCGAAGGCCAUGCUGUUAACUGGUACUCGGACGUCUUCAACAUUGUAUUUGCCGAUCUCGACAAGGAAGCCGCAAACAAUAUGUGGAAAUCACAACUCGCCAAACCAGCCGAUGCAGACCAACAGAACAAGAAGCACGACGAUGACGAUUAG